AUGCGCUACGCCGACCCCUCGGCCAACCGCGAUCUGCUGGGGAACCGAACUUUGCUCUUCAUCUUCAUUUGCGCCUUCGCGCUGGUGACCUUGCUGCAACAGAUCCUGUACGGCAGGAACUACAUUAAGCGGUAUUUUGAAUUUUAUAAGGGGCCUUUGGAAUAUAACUCUUCGAGAUGCCUGGAGCUGAGGCACGAAAUCCUGGAAGUGAAGGUGCUGUCCAUGGUGAAGCAGUCGGAGCUGUUCGACAGGUGGAAGAGCCUUCAGAUGUGCAAGUGGGCAAUGAACAUCUCCGAAGCCAACCAGUUCAAGUCCACCCUGUCCAGGUGCUGCAAUGCCCCCGCCUUCCUCUUCACCACCCAGAAGAACACUCCCCUGGGCACGAAACUCAAAUAUGAAGUGGACACCAGCGGCAGUUACCACAUCAACCAGGAGAUCUUCCGAAUGUUCCCCAAGGACAUGCCUUACUACCGGUCCCAGUUUAAGAAGUGUGCCGUGGUGGGCAACGGAGGCAUCCUCAAGAACAGCCGCUGUGGCAGGGAGAUCAACAGCGCUGACUUCGUCUUCCGAUGCAAUCUGCCCCCCAUCUCGGAGAAAUACACCAUGGAUGUAGGGGUAAAGACAGACGUGGUCACCGUGAACCCCAGCAUCAUCACAGAAAGGUUCCACAAGCUGGAGAAGUGGCGGCGGCCCUUCUACCGCGUGCUGCAGGUGUACCCCAACGCGUCCGUGCUGCUGCCCGCCUUCUACAACACGCGCAACACCGACGUGUCCAUCCGCGUCAAGUACGUGCUGGACGACUUCGAGUCUCCGCAGGCCGUCUACUACUUCCACCCGCAGUACCUGCUCAAUGUGUCGCGCUACUGGCUGACCCUGGGCGUGCGCGCCAAGCGCAUCAGCACCGGCCUCAUCCUGGUCACCGCGGCGCUCGAGCUGUGCGAGGAGGUGCACCUCUUCGGCUUCUGGGCCUUCCCCAUGAACCCCUCGGGCCUCUACAUCACCCACCACUACUACGACAAUGUCAAGCCCAGGCCCGGCUUCCACGCCAUGCCCUCCGAGAUCUUCAACUUCCUGCAUCUGCACAGCCGGGGCAUCCUCCGCGUGCACACCGGCACCUGCAGCUGCUGCUGAGGGGGGAGGCCACACCCAGCAGCUUCCAGAACCUUCUCUCCUGUGCCCCCUCCUGGUGCGACUGGGAGCUGUAGGCCAGGCAGCCCGGCGUUGAGGGGACACACCCUCUUCCUCAAUAGCUCAGCUUUGUGCUUGGGUCCCGUGGGGUUGUGGGGA